AAAAAGAGGUGGAGCCGCGGUCUGUGCAAAUACAGUUUGCUACUACGUGGGGAAUUAACUAAGCUAUUUCUCAUAUAGCCUAUCCUUCGAGGCAACGUUUGUAACAUGUAGGCUAUUGUAGUCCUGGGUGUUCUUGAAACCCAUAGCGUGGCUUGAUGUAAUCGAUUGGAUUUACGAAUAUUCGGAAUAAUUAUUUUAGUGGGCGAUUUAACCUACAUUUGCCAAAACAAUAUGCGCACACGGUACGGCUCUUGUUUGGUAAGAAAAUAAUGUGGACAGAACUGUGCCGGGAAGACUUGGGACAAUUAAGGACGUUUACUGUUGAUAAAUAAGUUAUACCACUCGGUUUUCGCAAUCAUGCUGUGUUGCAAUUAUAAACCAGCAUUUGUAGUUUUAAUGGUAUCUUUAGUGCGCUCCUUGACUGCAGUGGAAGUCGUGAGGCGCAUGCAUCUUACCGCCAAGGGGAGGGAUUGCCAAAAUGGUUCCCUGAGUAGUUUAAACAGUUCCUCCCAGCUGAGUCUGUCCACUGUUUGCUUCUCUUGGGACAGUGAGAGGACCCCCUGUGUCCGGGUGCUGGCCACAAUCAGUGCUACAGACUUCCCAAGUCAAAAUAAAUCCCUGGAAAUUAACUCGAAUGACAGAACCAGGACUAUCUACAUUAAAAAACAAAAACGCGAAGUUCUAAAGUGGUAUGAUAACUUAGGCAACAAAGGAAAAACAAAGAUUGUUAUGGCUAAAGAGCGCCCGCUAAUUGAGUUGGACCUGGUCUUCAACUGUCUACAAUAUGCAGCAGAACGGGAAAUAUUUGUGUCUUUGAGUACAAAUCCAAAAUGCUCCAUCUCAUACACUGUAAAGGACGUUUGUUCAGUUGUACGCUCAAAUUCAGAUCCAGUACCGAUUUUUAAUGUGUCAGUGGACCAGCUGUCCAGAACCUUCACUGUGACUGUGGAAACGGGACAGCCUGUUAACAUCCUGCUGUGCUACAAAACAACAGAAGUUGAAUGCUCCCCACUGUCCUCUACUACUAUUGAGCCGUCCAAGUCCCAAUCAGCCACCCUCAGCUUCCCUUUCCUGCUUCCCUGUGUCUGUUUGCAAGUUUACUACACAGACCCGGACGCAACACGAGUGUCACACUGUCCAUUUAACAAUGGUUCACCAGUUGCAGGCACUGAUGUUUGGCGCUCCAGUGAAGUCACUCUCUACGGUGGCACAAGUCUGGCCUGGAAGUCUCCCUGUCCCCCUUCUUACAUCCAGCCCACUGCUGCCCUCUGCUGGAGGGACCAGGGAGCCACAGCUCGCUGCACUCCUAUCAUCAACUCAACAUUAGAAAGGACAGAGGAGAGUCACAAUUGUGUUAAAUACAAUAUAUCUGCUGUGGACAAACACUCUCAGAUGUGUGUGCAGUUUUCAUUUCACGGCAGUAAGGAUGUCCAAUGCCCAUUUGAGGCAGGGUUUUCUAGCUGGGAUGUAUAUGUUGGUCCUGGUUGGAAGAGUCUAUAUGUGUAUCUCUACACCAAGAAACCAGCCUCUUUUUCCGCCCAGCACUGUGUCUUGGAGAAAGGUGGAUGUAUCUCCACAGGACCUGUCCAUUCCACUAAAAUGGGAGAGGUCACCAGAGAGACACAUAUGAUCCUGCCACUUGCAUUCCUGACUGAUGACCUGUGUGUGCAGGUGUGGAAAUCAGAUCCUGCUCAUCUUGGGAGAAGAAUUCUAUGUACUGAUUAUUCCCAUGGAAGAUAUGGUCUCCUUGUUGUGGCAACCCUGACACUUCUGGUCACCAUGGCAAUGCUGGGACGAUGUGUUUACUAUAUGACCAACACAAGAGUUGCAGGCUGGCUGUCCAUCCAGAGACCAGUGUUGCUGUUGUGCUCCUCAGAGCAGGCUGAUCAUGUGUCUGCCGUCUGCGCUCUUGCAUCCAUCCUACAGGGGGAGCUGUGUGCAGCAGUAAGGAUGGCUCUGUGGGCCCACAGCUCUGGAGGGAGACACAAUGAGAUUGGGCCUGGGUCUGAGGCUGAGGCUGGGGUGACAGAGCUGGGUCCUCUACCCUGGCUUUAUGGGCAGUGGGAAGCAGUCCAGGCAGCUGGAGGAAAGGUGCUGAUCACUUGGAGCCCUGAGGCUAAUACAUCCUACAAUUGCUGGAAAUGGGAGAAAACUGAUGUGGAGAAGAGAGAGGGGAAGAUAGCAGCGAGUAUGAGCAAGGAGGGGACACGGACGGAGCCAUCCCCAGUGACAGGACCUGUGUUCAGGGCAGCCCUGUCCUAUCUGCAGGGGGCCAUGCAGAAGGGAGGCAAGCACCACGGCUGCAUUCUCGUCUAUUUUCAAGGCUUCUGUCAUGCCAGGGAAAUCCCGAACGAUCUCAAAGGCAUCCCGCGAUACUGCCUUCCUCAGGACUUUGGAGGACUGAUUCAGGAGUUGGUAGGGACGGCCGAUGAGACUAGAGGCACUACUCAUAAAAGACAGUGCUGGCGUAGACUCCUUUCUAAAACACUGUCAUUCUGGUUGGCACGGCGACUUUCUCGCAGGCUCACUGCUUGGCUGCCACAGCAACAGACAUGCUCAAAGACGAAAAAUAAGCAAGGAAAGGCAUUUUCACAGGAAGUGAUGUCAGAGAAAGAGUCUCUCAGUGGAAUCACGUGGCGAUAAGAGCUGGAGUGUCAGGUUUCUCUUGAUGUUGGGACAGACUCUUGUCUUCAAUGUAACACGGUGCAAGAGACAGAACAUAAAUGAUAUCGUGUCAGCAGAGCUACUCUGUCAAUAGGCAGUAUUCAUCAAAUCUGACAACUGAUAAAUACUUGUUUUGCCUACAGGUGACUGGUAGGUAAAUAUUCCAUGCAGCACCUAGCAUGUCUAUAGUUUUGUGUGAUCUGCCUUAUCAGUUGGAUUUAUGAAUACCUUUAGUGUGUUUCCCCACCUGUAACCACAGCUGAACAGGGCCUGCCAUGUUAAUACUGCUUACUUAUUACAGGAAGUAAUAGAACCAUGCUUAAAAGGACAGAAGUCAACAACUUCUUUAGUUGGCUUAAAACUAGUGAAUGGAUCUGUACUGGAAAUGCUGGUUUGAGUCAGUAUUAUUUAAAUAAUCAACUGUCCCCAUUAUUACUGUUAACCUGAAGAUCCAGACAAUAAGGAGACAUGUGGGGUUUCCUCUGAUGAAAUAUGACUCACAGAUCCCACCCACUUGCUCUAACUGUUGUUCAUAUGCAAAGCAUCUGAAAAAAGGACGGUUUGUACUUGUGAAGCAAGACUACAAAAUAAGCUUCUGGACAUAUUGUGCGAUCAAUAAUGUUUUUGUAUAAAUCAUCUUGUGGGUACUAAGGGACACACAACCAGUUCUGUUUGGAACCUCUUUAGUAAAGGUUCCACUACACAUACAAAUGAUUUAUCAGUGGUGUCACCAAGAUAUGUAAUUGUAUCUGGGUCAAAUUCAUGGGCCAGGGUUUCCCAGAGAAGGGACGGUUUGGAAUGAAAAGGAGCAAAAGGACAGGGUAACACGGCAUUGAUAUUUAUUUAUUUUUGGACGACGUAGUUAAGGCGGCAGGCGUGUGUUGCUUAGGCGGCCGCCUUAACUGGAAAUUGCUGCGGGACACCCUGGUUGACAUUGGUAUUUAGAGUAAAGUAUGUGCAGUUGAUUUAGGCAACAGACUUGCUAUGCUUCAUUCCGCAUUUAAUCAUUUUUUCCAUUGUACAACUACGUUAGUAUACCUACACUUUUUUUAUGUUCUCUUUUGAAAGUUUUUAUGUAAUUGUUAUUUGAUAAAAAUCUGGCAAACAACG